AAAAAAACAGAGUAAAAGUUGAUGUUAAGAGCACAACAUCUAAUCUUGUCUGCCUUAUCUUUGCCAAAAAUCGGAAGAGUCCUCGAUUGAACCGCCCUUUGAGUUUUUCUAUUAUCGUGAUCUUCAGAGAAUGGACGGAAUCUCAAAUUAGUUAGUGCUUAGGUGGCUAGGCCUCCAUGUCUUAUUGUUUGUUUCACCUAUCCCAUCUGUUCCUUCAAUGCAGAACAUUUGCUUAAAAACAAUUUUCAACAAAUUAUGACACACCCAUUUUGAUUUUUCUAGCAAUUUGCCUAGUGGAUCCUGGGAUUCCACUUCCAGAACUGUAGUUUUUUUUGAAGCAUGUUGUAAAUGGUCAUUAGUUUAAUCAAGAGAAAUCCAGGAAUAUCACCCACGAUGCAAAGCAGAUAAAUUCUGAUAAAGUUUUCAUCUUUUUUUAAUCAUUUUGAGAUCUCCUCAUGUCAUCCCAGGCGUUGAAUCCCACUACAGCAUUCCCAAUUCCCGGUACAGGAAUGGGAGGCUGCAAAACUCUGCCAGUCUUCGAUGCCAGUGUUCUGCAGCAGCAGGAUAGCAUUCCUGCUGAAUAUCAAUGGCCAGAGGACCCCAAUACUUUUCUCUCUGUUUCAGCCCUCUGUAAAGAUGAAUGGCUUGAUAUUCCCACCAUAGAUUUAUCAGCAUUCAUGGCGGGAGAUUCAGCUACAGUGCUGGAUAUAGUGAAAGAGGCGUGCACUGAGCAUGGAUUCUUCCAAGUUAUAAACCAUGACGUUCCCCCUGAGCUUGUUAAGGCUGCCCACCAACAUAUGCAGUUGUUCUUUGGCCUCAACCUGCAGGAGAAACAGAGAGCCCAGCGUAAGGUGGGCGAAAGCUUUGGCUUUUCCAGUUCCUUUACUGGAAGGUUUGCUUCUAAGCUUCCAUGGAAAGAGACUCUGUCCCUUGAGUACAGUGCCCCUUCAGGUGUUAAGGAUUACCUUGAGAUGAUCAUGGGCUACCACUUCUCUGAAACAGGGGUUGUGUAUCAGAAGUACGCAGAAGCAAUGGAGUCUCUGUCACUAAACAUCCUAGAGUUGCUGGGUGUAAGCCUGGGAAUGGAACGCACGUAUUUUAGAAAGUUUUUCGAAGAGAGCAAGUCGAUCCUGAGGCUGAACUAUUACCCUCCUUGUCGGCAACCGUCUCGAACAUUUGGAACGGGCCCUCACUGUGAUCCGACGUCCUUAACGAUUCUACAUCAGGACCAAGUUGGGGGACUGGAAGUGUUUGUACACAAUACAUGGCUGUCGGUGCGACCCAAUCCAAACGCUUUCGUUUGCAACAUAGGGGACACAUUCAUGGCUUUAUCAAAUGGAAAGUACAAAAGUUGCCUUCACAGGGCAAUGGUGAACCCACACAUGGCCCGACGAUCGCUGACAUUUUUUCUGAACCCUAGCUACGACAAGCUCAUUUGCCCUCCACAACAGCUUUUGGAUCAGCCCAGAAAAUAUCGUGAUUUCACAUGGUUACAGUUUCUGGAAUUCACACAGAAACACUACAGAUCAGACAGCAACACUCUUGCCUCGUUCAUUGAAUGGCUCGGAUCACACCAAUCCUGAUUUGUAAACAAAAAGUCCCACUACCACAAUUCCCUGUCACCUCCUUCUGCGACAGAUUCCGUACCCACUAGUUGUAACUCAACUUGCUCUGUCUGUAAAUAAAGAUGUUCUAUGCCCACUUAA